GGCGCGCGGGGAGGCGCGGGGGCACCGGCUGUGGGCGCGCGGGGACGGGCGAUGCUGGGGCCCGGAGCCGGGGCCCGGGCAGAGGAAGGCGGCGCUGGCGGGAGCGAGGGCGCGGCGUUGGCGGAGCCCGGCACGGGCGCUGGCGGCGGGCGGGAGCCGGCGCGGCUGUGCGGCUACCUGCAGAAGCUGUCGGGCAAGGGCCCUCUGCGCGGCUACCGCAGCCGCUGGUUCGUGUUCGACGCGCGCCGCUGCUACCUCUACUACUUCAAGAGCCCUCAGGACGCGCUGCCCCUCGGCCACCUGGACAUCGCCGACGCCUGCUUCAGCUACCAGGGCCCCGACGAGGCGGCCGAGGCGGGCGCUGAGCCGCCCGCGCACUUCCAGGUACACAGCGCCGGAGCAGUGACGGUGCUCAAGGCUCCUAACAGGCAGCUCAUGACCUACUGGUUGCAGGAGCUUCAGCAGAAGAGAUGGGAGUAUUGCAACAACCUGGAUGUGGCCAAGUGGGACAGCCGCUCUGCCCCAGCCCCUGGUGGGGAGUACCCCAAGGGCCUGGUGGCCAGAGACAACACAGAAGUGACUUCCAUGCACCAGGAUGCCUCGGCAGAAAAGGCGAGAAACGUCCUAGCUGUGGAGACGGCGCCCGGAGAGCUGGUGGGCGAACAGGCUGCCAACCAGCCAGUUGCAGGACACCCUAAUUCCAUCAACUUUGACUUCCUGAAGCAGUGGAGUACUGAGCUCAAGAACUCUCUGAGGCCCGGGAGAGGGCAUAACGACAGCCGCAGGACUGUGUUUUAUACCAACGAGGAGUGGGAGCUGGUGGAGCCACCUUCGAAGGACCUGGAGGACUCCAUGGUGCAGGAGGACAAGAAGAAGCCUGGCCCUGAAGGGAGCAGAGGAGUGACCAGCUCAGGAUUCCCCUUUGACUUUGGCCGGAAUGCCUACAAAGGAAAGCGUCCUCUGAAAGACAUCAUCGGGUCGUACAAGAACCGGCACAGCAGCGGGGACCCUGUGGGUGAGGGCGUGGCAGCAGGCAGUGGUCCUGGCAAGCCGGCCCCUGAUAUGCAGCAGCUGCAGGUGCAGAGCCAGCAGGAAGAGCUGGAGCGGCUAAAAAAGGACCUGGCCAGCCAGAAGGAGCUGGUGCGGUUGCUUCAGCAGACGGUGCGCUCCUCACAGUAUGACAGGUACUUCAGUGGCAGCCGGCCCACGGAGGGCAUCCCCAAGGGGCUGCUGGCGCUCCUACACCAAAAGGAUGACCAGAUCCUAGGCCUGACCGGCCAGCUGGAACGGUGCGGCCUAGAGAGAGAGAGCCUUCAGCUGGAAGUGCGGACACUGAAGGGCAAGGUCGGCGAGCUCAACGAGCAGCUAGGAAUGCUGAUGGAGACCAUCCAAGCCAAGGACGAGGUCAUUGUCAAGCUCAGCGAGUGCGAGGGUAGCGGUUCCCCUCUCCCUGCUGGGCCCAUCUCCCCGCCAACCACCCCCACUGGCCGUGACCAGCUGGAGGUGGACCGGCUGAAGGAUAGUCUGCAAGGAUACAAAACCCAAAAUAAAUUCCUCAAUAAGGAGAUUUUGGAGCUCUCGGCUCUACGAAGGAAUGCAGAAAGGAGAGAGCGGGACCUAAUGGCCAAGUACUCUAGCCUGGAAGCCAAGCUCUGCCAGAUCGAAAGCAAAUACCUGAUUCUGCUUCAAGAGAUGAAGACACCAGUGUGCUCAGAGGAGCAGGGUCCUGCCCGGGAGGUCAUAGCACAGCUGCUGGAGGACGCACUGCAGGUCGAGAGUCCGGAGCAGCCAGAGCAGGCCUUCGUGAAGCCCCACCUAGUCAGUGAGUACGACAUCUAUGGGUUCAGGACCGUGCCUGAGGAUGGUGAGGAGGAGAAACUGGUGGCCAAGGUCCGCGCGCUAGACCUGAAGACGCUGUACCUCACGGAGAACCAGGACGUGUCCACCGGCGUCAAGUGGGAGAACUACUUUGCGAGCACGAUGAACAGGGAGAUGGUGCGCUCCCCGGAACUGAAGAACCUGAUCCGGGCCGGCAUCCCCCAUGAGCACCGCUCCCAGGUGUGGAAGUGGUGUGUGGACCAGCACCGGAAGAAGUUCAGAGACGGUUCCGAGCCCGGCUACUUCCAGUCCCUGCUACAGACAGCGCUGGAGAAGCAGAACCCAGCUGCCAAGCAGAUCGAGCUGGACCUGCUGCGGACCCUGCCCAACAACAGGCACUACUCAAGCCCCACCUCCGAGGGCAUUCAGAAGCUACGCAAUGUCCUGCUCGCCUUCUCCUGGCGCAACCCAGACAUUGGCUACUGCCAGGGCCUCAAUCGGCUGGUGGCGGUGGCACUCUUGUACCUGGAGCAAGAGGAUGCCUUCUGGUGUCUGGUCACUAUCGUGGAAGUCUUCAUGCCGCGAGACUAUUACACCAAGACCCUCCUGGGAUCCCAGGUGGACCAGCGGGUGUUCAGAGACCUGAUGAGUGAGAAGUUGCCCCGGCUGCACGCCCACUUUGAGCAGCACAAAGUUGAUUACACCCUCAUCACCUUCAACUGGUUCCUGGUGGUGUUUGUGGACAGCGUUGUCAGCGACGUGCUCUUCAAGAUCUGGGACUCUUUCCUUUACGAGGGACCAAAGGUUAUUUUCCGUUUUGCCCUGGCGCUUUUCAAGUACAAGGAAGAGGAGAUCCUGAAGCUGCAGGACUCCAUGUCCAUCUUCAAGUACCUUCGCUACUUCACCCGCACCAUCCUGGAUGCCAGGAAGCUCAUCAGCAUCUCCUUUGGGGACCUGAAUCCCUUCCCGCUGCGCCAGAUCCGGAACCGGCGAGCCUGCCACCUGGAGAAGGUGCGGCUGGAGCUGACGGAGCUGGAGGCCAUCCGCGAGGACUUCCUGCGUGAGCGGGACAGCAGUCCUGACAAGGGAGAGCUGGUCAGCGACGAGGAGGAGGACACCUGAGCGCCCUGCCUCAGUGCCCACACCAAGAUGCUGUCACUUGCCUCCCUGCACGGCCUGAGUGCACCUGCUGCAGGGACGCGGUUUGCUCAAAGCCAGGACUGAUGAUGGAGCAGCUGCGGCCGCUGGGCAUCUGCUGGGCAGACGUCUUCGCUCACAGCUACCUCCCCACGGGCAUGGGCAUGCUCAGCCUGUGCCGUGAGCCCUCAGCACCGCCCAGCAGGCUGGCAUUGAGUGCCUAUUGACAGCAUGCAUCAGCCAUCCUGGUGUUCACCCCGACCCUUCCAGAUCUCCCGAGUUCUGCCUUGGAGCGCCGGGCAUACCGAUUGGCGUGGCUGUUGCUGGUGGCAUGGGACUGCCCUUGGAUGAGAACCUCCUUCCCACCAGCCAUGUCCCCUCAUUGGACUCUACUCAGCACAGCCCAGGCUGGACUGCCUCACCUGCCUGUCUGUGUCCGGCUCUUCUCAGCUUGGCAGUCUGUGGGAAGCCAUUCCCCUAGUGUGGAUGCGGACCAGCGGGGCCAGCAAACCACAAAGCAGCCCCCUGGUGCUAGUCCCGGUGGGGGACCCUGCAGUCCAGUGAGGCCUACACUGCACAGUGAGGCCUUGCGGACACCCAACAGCCUCGACUGCUUCACCGGAGCGAACACAACUCCGCCAUGUCUCUGCUGCCCAUGACAUGUCAGGACAAACUGGUGGCCUCUGGGCCUCCAGGAGGUGUUAGGUGAGGGCAUCUGCCUGACCUGGGGACCACCUUGGCCCUUGCACUGAGGAGCCACAUGGCAUCUUGGGUGGCUGGUUGCUGUGAGCUCCACCCACACAUCUAUCCAUCCGCCUGUCCGUCCACACUUGCCUUAUUUUUGCCAAAUAGAGGGAGCCACUCCCUGUGAUGAGCCAAAGCCGCGGCCCCUCCCAGCAUGCACAGCGGGCUUUCCCCUUGCCUUUGUCUCUGGGAGCUGCCAACUGAGGCCUGAUUUCCAGAAACGUCUCCAAGAGCUGGGCCUGGCCAUCUCACCGCUGUUUCUGAGCAGCUAGGACUGAACACCAAGAACUCCUGGUUGCCUCCUGUCCCUGUCCCGCGUGUAGUGACACUGUGGUUCUCAGCCUGGGGACACCACGAAGGAAGGGGUCAGGGUCAGCCACACUCAGCUUUGUUCCCAAGAUCAUCUCCCCAUGGGCAAGGCUGGUACCACCUGCUGUUGGCAGGACCCUGAAGAGGGGGCGACUUGGCCUGGAAAGGUGGAAUAGCCCUGGGUGGGGAUGCUGAAAGCAAAGGCACUUCCACCCUUGCCCAAGUGGCCGCCAUAUGCGUGUUUCCAGGCCAUAAGCGUGAGACAGCUCCGGCUCCCCAGGU